UUGGCGUGUACUGAUUGAAUGAUGAAAUUGGUGACCUCAAUGAACUCGAAGACCACCUCAAAUUUCUGAACUUGUUUCAUCGUCUUCAUCAUUUUCUUUCUCCAGUAACCCCUCUCUCUCUCUGCUAUUACAGUCUGAUUUGAUGCUUUAAGGUCAGUGAGCGAUGGCGCCUCCACCUGAUCCCGCCGAUAAUGACCUCCCUAUUCCAGCUUCAGAGCCUGCACAAGCAGUAGUGAACGAGCCCCAAAUAACACCUGAGCCACCUCAAGAAAUUUCAUCAAAUUCUGUAUUUGUAAAUUCUGAGCCUAUUCGAGAGGAUCAGGUGCAGAAUGCUAUCAAGUUCCUCUCUCAUCCAAGAGUUAGGGGAUCCCCUGUCAUGCACAGAAGAAAUUUUCUUGAAAAGAAAGGUCUCACAAAAGAAGAAAUUGAUGAAGCAUUCCGCCGUGUACCAGACCCGUCUCCUGAUGUUUCCAGCGGUCAAAGUAGCACAAAACAAGUUGCACAGGCAACCCCUGCAAAGAAUAUUCAAGCUCAAGUCUCUAUGCAGGACAUGAAACCUCCUGUGACACCCGUUCAAGCUGGUAUCAUGUCGACAAUGGCUAGAAAAUUUCACUGGUCGCAUGCAGUGCUUGCUAUUGGAUUUUUGGCAGUAUCUGGUGCUGGAACAGCAAUAAUAUUUAAAAAUUCAGUCGUUCCUAGGCUUAAGUCUUGGAUCCGCAGGGUUGUAGAUGAAGAAGAUUCCCUUGAAGAGGAGACGGCUCGAAGACCGAGUGUGGCUGAAGAAGCUGCGGCAGCUGCGAAAGCAGCUGCUGCUGCAGCGGCUGAUGUUGCAAGGGCCAGUCAAGAAAUGGUGAUCUCAAAGAAUGAAGAAAAUAAACGCUUUGCGGAUUUCAUGAGCUUGUUGGAGGUGCAACUUCAGGAGAUCAGGACAAUGAGAAGCGCAAUAACAAAAUUAGAAGGGCAAUCAUACAGUGCUGGUAGAAACCAUGUCAGGGAAGAGUAUCUAGAUGGUUCUAUAGCACGUUCAGUGCAACCAGUGAACAGCAAGCCUGAAUAUGACAUGCGAUCAGUGAGGCCUGUCUCACCACCUGCAUCUGCUGAACCUCCUCAUCCAAAAUCCUAUGCAGAGAUCAUGGCUAUGGUGCAGAGAGGGGAAAGACCACCUAAUGUCAGAGAUAUUGAUGAUAGCCCUCCAAAUCCUAAUCAACCCAUUUCAAACCCAAGUUUGGUUCCACGAUCUAAGCCUUGGGAAGCUGGUCAGUCUGUUAGCAGUUCAAGCUUUGCUCCUCAAUCUCAAGUUUAUACUGCACAAGAUAACGGAGUCAGCUAUCAGUUCAAUAACGAGAAUUCAACACCAUGGUGGCAGCAAAAGAAUGCUAAAGUUACCGAAUAUGAGAAUGGAGAUAGUCAGAAGUCAGGCUUUGGAUCCAACGGUACCACUGUAAAUGUUGUUCCAACACAACGCAGAUGGGUCCCACCUCAACCUCCCCCUGUUUCGAUGCCAGAAGCAGCUGCAGCCAUUCGACAGGCUAAAUCAAUGCCAAAGGACUUCAACUCCUCGAAGGCUGAAGAAGCACCACAGCCUGUGGAUGGACUUGAUGAGUUGCAGAGAGUUACGCAGAUAUCUGAAUCUGGCGGUCAACAAGAAAUAAACGGUGGUGGUGGUGGUGGUGGUAGCUCAGAAAUAUACUCCGGUGAGAUUCAAGAAGAGCAAGUUACAGAGGUGUGAGUAAUUCAUAGUACGCCGUAAGUGCGUGAUAUAUCUUAUAUAGUAUGAAUAAUAACAGAUUGGUGCCUGUACCUGGAAAUUAUUAUGAUCUAUGAACAGAUUAUGCAAUUUUUGUUACAUCAAUCAGAGAGUUUCACUGGGUCUUCAUUUUAGUCA